AUGCAUUGGUCGGCUCCGCUACUUUGCUUGGUGACAGGCGGGCUUGCAGCUCUGCAGGCGGAUAAGCACUAUGCCAUCAUGGACAAUGAUUGGUAUACAGCGGGUUUUGUUCCGUACCUGGUUGCCCUAGACGGCGAUGUGGAAAUUCUAGGCCUGGCCUCGGAUACGGCAAACAGCUGGCAACCCCAAGGCGCCCUCCACGCUGUGGCAACCCUAGAAGCAGGAAAUCUAAGCUGCAUCCCCGUCUACGCAGGCGCCACAUGGCCACUCAUAAACACACCACAACGGUUCCAAGCCUGGGAAACAAUCCACGGCAAACUCCCCUGGGAAGGCGCUUUCGCGCCCGAGAACAAAACCCUCGAAGCCGAGGGCAAUGAUCCCACCUCCGGCGACCCCAAUCGCAUUGUCAAGGAGGCGUUCAAGGAGGGAUUCCCUAAAGGCCGACCGGAGAACUCGACAUCCGCGGCGAACUUUAUGGUCGAAAUGGUUCACAAGUAUCCUGGCCAGGUAUCUAUCUACUCGGCCGGAGCAUUGACGAAUAUCGCGCUGGCAGUGCGUAUGGAUCCGAUGUUCGCGUCGCUUGCUAAGGACCUUGUUAUUAUGGGUGGAUAUGUUGAUUUGAAUAUGCUUGAGGCGACGGGAAGUAUUAUGCUUGCUGAUUAUCAGUCUGAUAUCAACCUCAUGAUCGACCCCGAAGCAUCGAAGAUUGCCUUGACUGCUGAUUUCCCAAACAUCACCAUCGCUGGUAAUGUUGCUAAUCAGGUCUUCCCCACAAAAGAGUUCAAGGCAGAGGUACUUUCCGUGCCAAACCCCUACAGCGAGCUCUUUGAUAAAUAUUACGAUCUCUCGUUCCCUUUCUGGGAUGAAACGGCUGCUGCGUUGAUGGUUGAUCCAACCAUUUCCGUCAACCAGACCUCAGUGUUCUUGGAUGUGGAUACCUCCUACGGAAGCCCCAACUACGGCAAUAUCCAUGUUUACCAGAAGGCUCUCGCGCCCCAGGGAAUCCGCGAGGUGAACUAUGUCUUUGAGGUUGAUGCCGAGAGACUUAAGCAGCGGAUUAAGCAUGCUUUGCAAUAUCCCAAAUCUUGUGCUGAUUUGCAGUAA